UGUCACACCUACAAACAUACUUUGAUAGAAACUAUUUGAUUCCUUCGGACCAAUUUGGUUUCAGAUAAAAGCAUGGGACUAUCGAGUAGGUAAACCGCAUAACAUCUGACAUCCGCCGAAACGUUUUUUUUACCGCGUUUGGAUCGCCGACCGACCUGGUUUACAAAAUCAAGAUCUUCCUGCCACAAGACACUCACAAUCUGCUUAGGUCGUAUCUCAAAAACAGGCGAUUCACUGUAAGAUGCAAUAACUGUGAGGAGCACACCAUUGAAGCUGGAGUUCUUCAAGGAAGUACAUAUCAGACAUUUCCACUAGCCACCAAAUGGUUAUAUUAACCUUCGCUAAUGAUACUCCAAUUGUUUGCCGCUCAAAAUAUCCAAACGCAUCAACAGAAAAUAUACAAAACCACCUAGUGGCUGUAGAGAAGUGUCUAGCUGACUGGCGCAUACAAGUCUACGAGCACAAGCACAACAUGUUUACACUCAACCGAGGCACUUGUCCACCACUACUCCUAAAAAAUACACCAAUUCCACAAGUGGACGAAGUCACUUGGUAUCCACCUAGACAGGCGACUUACAUGGAGGAAACACGUAGUAGCAAAGAAGACCUGACAAAACUAAAGGCCAGCAGUUUCCAUUGGCGUCAUCGGAUUGACAUUUGUCAAAGUUACGUUGUGUUGUUUACAUUAACCUUUGAGCGUCUCUUCGAUUUUUUUGAUUUUAAAGAAUGGAUAGAAAACAAGAGCAACGAAUUUGCAUUAAAUUUUGUGUUAAAAAUGAAAUUAGUGUUCUGACUACUUUGGAAACUAACAACAGUUCGCGAGUGGCAUGACGGUUCAAAAGUGGCCGUAAUUCCAUCAACGAUGAUGACCGUUCUGGCAGGCCAUCCACUUCGAAAACGGACGAAAA